UUCCUCAUAACAUUUCUGCCAAACGUAUAGAUUUUUAUACAGAUACAGAUUUCAUUAUUGCAUGAAAAGGGUUUGCUGUAGAAAUGAAAGCCUGUGUAGACUGAAAAUGGUGAACAUUAUCUUUAACUUUCUGUGGUUUUGUUCCUUCCUGUGACGCAACGUUACAUCAGUUCAUCUAUCUGAGGUCGGAGAUAUGUGCGCUGCAAACUGCGGUUCAUCUAUCAGAACGUUACACAUGGCAGAAAUAAGCAGAAAGUCAUACAUGACAUAAUAUCAUCAAACGACUCAGAGAAUCUGGACAAUCCUUGUGUGCAAGAGACAAGGCCAACAGUCAAUACUGGAUGCUGGUGACCUUUGGGCCCUCAGAAUGGAAACUUCACUGUCUACGUUUAUCUGUUUUAGUUUCACUUGGAUUCAUGUUUUGACCUUCCAGAGACGCAACUGUUUCCAAUGUGACACAAAUCACUUCUGCAACUGUUCCUCUCAAAACUUCCUACAGGUCCCAGCAGUUCCUGAAAAUGUAAUAGACCUUGACAUUUCCUUUAAUAACAUCGAAUCCGUUGAGAAGACAGACCUGAGUUUGUGCAGUGAACUGGAAAUUUUGUAUAUGCAGGAGAACAAACUCAAAAGGAUCCAUGACGAGGCUUUCAGAUCACAGUCCAACCUGGUAGUGCUUGACCUGUCUUUUAAUAAACUGGAAAACAUCGCUUCAUCCUGGUUUCAUGACCUUAAAUCUCUGAAGCACCUGAACCUUUUGGGAAACCUGUACACGACCUUGGGAUCUAAAUCUGUUUUCCAGUAUUUGGGAAACCUCAGAACUCUAAAACUUGGAGACCUUCUAUUAAAAAAAGUUGAAAAGAACUUAUUAACUGGACUUACUCAACUGGACGAGAUGACGUUUAUUGGACACAACCUGAGGUCGUAUGAGAAAGGAAGCUUCAACACGACUCGACCCAUCACAGCAAUUUCACUAAGCUUAAACGGUCUGUUUCAGGAAAAUCCAUCACUUGUCUCAAAAAUCCUUCGAGAUGUUUCCCACCCUAAGACGUCACUGACUAUUAGAGAUGCUCUCCUGAACACAAACGACUCCAUGCAACCCCUUGAAGAGGUCAGAAAAGGCGGCACUGCUAGGCUUACUCUGCAAAAUAUCAGCACAACCGAUGAGGCAGUUACCAGUCUCCUGAAGGUUUUGGGUGGUUCUCCAGUGUCUUACAUUGGUGUUGAGGAUAUCCAGCUCAGAGGUGAAGGAUGGUGGGAAAAGUCUUGGAGAGCCCGGUACGACAAUCUGAGCACCAUCUUUGUUCGCAAUGUUGAAAUCCAGGGCUUCUUCACUUUUAGCAGUAUGAUCCAGUUAGCUUUUCUUCUGAAGCAUCCCCAAGCCGUGUCUGUGAUUAACUGCACUGUUUUUGUCAUGCCCUGCAUAACGUCUUCUCUUCUCAAAAAUAUAGAAUACUUGGACUUGAGCAAAAACCUGCUAACAGAUGUGACGAUUCAGGAAACGUUAUGCUACGGUGCGGGCGUCAUGCAUCACCUCAACACGCUCAAUGUGAGCUAUAACUCCUUAAAGUCUCUUCAGCUCAUGUUCAAACUGGUGACACGUCUGAGGAAGCUGACAUUUCUGGACAUCAGUCACAAUGACUUUAGGACAAUGCCUCAGAAGUGCGAUUGGCCUGAAAGUCUAAGGUUUCUGAACUUGUCUGCCACAAAGCUCUAUAGGGCAACACCAUGCCUACCGGUGAGCUUAACCUCGCUGGAUCUGAGUGAAAAUGACCUGACAGUUUUCCACCUCAGCCUACCCAACCUUGUGGAGCUUAAUCUUUCAGGAAACAGGUUCCUGCACUUCCCUGAUGGAGGAAGGUUCCCCAGAGUCAAUGUUCUACUCGUUCAGAGGAAUACUCUGAAUGUGUUCAACAAGAGUGACCUGAUGAGCUUCAAACAUCUGCAGUAUUUGGAAGCUGGAUUGAACAACUUUGUUUGCAGCUGUGAGUUUGUGACAUUUUUUAAGGGUGAUGUCGACCACCUGGUGACGCUCAGGGACGGUCACGAUAAUUACGUAUGUGACUCUCCAUUCCCUUUAAGAGGUCAGACCGUGGACAGUGCUCAGUUAUCGGUCUUUGAGUGUCACAUGAUCCCUGCGGUCUCGAUUCUCUGCUCGAUGAUCGUCCUCACUCUAGUGCUUGUUGGUGUGACCUGUCACAAGCUCCAUGUGUUAUGGUACCUGAAAAUGACGGCUGCAUGGUUACGAGCAAAGCGAAAGCCAGCGGUGCACAGAGCGAGAGAAAAUCUUCGUUAUGACGCCUUUGUUUCGUACAGUCAGCGAGACGCGGAGUGGGUUGAAGAAAUCCUUGUUCCGAAGCUGGAAAGUGCUCAGCCUCCCUUCGCCCUCUGUCUGCAUGAGCGAGACUUCCGUCCAGGCCGUUGGAUUGUGGACAAUAUAAUCGACUCUACUGAGAAGAGCCACCGCACACUGUUCGUUCUCUCCCAACACUUCGUCACCAGCGAGUGGUGCCGCUACGAGCUCGACUUUUCACAUUUCCGUAUCGUCGAUGAGCACAACGACUCCGCUGUCCUGAUCCUGCUGGAGCCAAUCGCAAAACAGACCAUUCCCAAGCGCUUCUGUAAGCUACGCAAAAUAAUGAACUCCAAGACCUACCUGGAGUGGCCUCAGGAGGAAGAAAGAAGAGAGGAAUUCUGGUCUAAUCUGCAAGCUGCACUGAAAAGGGAGGAUUCCUGAACCUUCGUUGUUGUUCUUGGACCCCCUCACAUAUGUCACUCUGGAUUUAAUGAGGUUGUUGUUUGUCAUGUUGUGAGUAGCGAAAAAAAGAUAUUGAAAAUCCAGAGUGCCAGACUGAGAUACGUCUGUUCAAAUCCAAAUGUAAUGGCAUUUAUAACCAAAUAUGGUUUAUAUCCGAUAUGCAAAAAAACUCUUGAUUUCAUGUGGUAUCGGGCUGUCCAGACUGUCAAAAAUAAUACAAUAUAGCUACAAUAUUCCAAAAAUUUGAUUUGGGCUGGCAGUCUUAACAUAGCCAAUGUUGUUUAUCUACUUCAUAAAUAAUUUACAGUUAUUUAACAAAACCAUCAUGCACAAGGAAACCCAGAUAGUAAUUAGUCACUGUUAUCAGUUUUCUAAUAUGAUGUUGAUCCAUCACUUUUGCAUCUUAAUUUGUUACUGAAAAAAGAAACUUGUUUUAACAAACAAAAGUUAUUUUAAAAAUUCUAUUGAUAAAGUAAAAUAUGUAAAAUCAACCCUGCUUUAUGUAUAGCAAUGCUUUUUUAUAUAUAAAUAACAUCAUAAUAAAAUGAAAUCUCAAAAAUAAAAAUAAAUAAAAAUAUCGGAAUUUUUUUUUUUUGAAUAAAUAAAUGAAUACCCAAACUGUACCUGCAUCUUCUCCUUGUUGAUAAUCUAUUUUAAUGUGCAUCUAUUUUAAUGUGCAUGCUUAAAACAGGCUUUUGUCAAAAAGCUUGGCAAUGUGAAAAAUUUCAAAACUUCAAACUCUUUUUGAAACAUUCAUGUCUAAUAGAAAAAAAAUAGCUAAUUACAUACCAAUAUGACUUAAAGGACCAUUUAGGACCAUAUUGGCUGUAGGAUCUCAUAACAUGAUUAGGAUGUAUCAUCAGAUAUUAAGAAACCAUGUUUAAGUGUGAGUUUAAGCACUGGUCUCUCUUGUCAGCAGAGCUAAACCAGUAUUUUAUUAAUAGAACUGUGCAGUACGUCACAGUAAUCUGUGUGGGUUUUAGCCUCUGAAUCUGCCCACCGCCCAUUCCUCCAGUUCAAUUUCCACACCAUGGGUUGCCAGGUAUAGAACAAAACAGCACGCAACCAGUGUGCUGCAGCCAUGGAAAUGGGUGAGCUGGCUAUUUUUCUACUGAACAGGUAGUUACUUAGUUUGAGAGAGGUUGCUAACCAUAUCUGGGUAAUUUUACCACCAACAAUAGCAUAGUUUAGGUGACAUGUUGGGCACAGAAACGUAUAUAUUCACUGAUCAGCGACAGAGUAAGACUCGUCUUUUUUGCCACUGUGUGUCGAUCUGGUAACCCGUGUUAGCUUCAUGACUGGAGAGGGGCAGGUGGGGCAGGAAACUCUUUCCAGUGUUUGGAAAUUAGGACUCCUUUUUACACUCACUCUCAAUUAUUACUUUAUUUGGUAAUAUUAAUGUGCCGAACUGAGGUGCACUGAGGAGCUUUCGACAGGCCGUAAGCCGCUGCAUUUACAAGCAUGUGUCCAGCCAUGUGGAGGCCAUGAGAUUACCUCGUAUUUACGCCUGCUCCCUCUUUUGCUUCUCAGGCAGCAGCAGCCUGUCACUCACACAGACACAGAGACAGCGCUGUUCACUCAGAAAACUGUCAAGAAUCAAAACAUCGCAACAUGACGUGUUUGAUUUAAUUGCCUUAGGUGACAUCACAUGUCCAUGUAUAUGUCUAUAAGAUUAUUGCGCAUGCACACAUUGCGACGACGACGCUUAAAUAUAUAUCAUAUAUAUUGAUAUAUCGUGCAGCCCUAGGUCCCAUUCCCAGUCCUGGGACAUUUUUCAAAAAGGUGGAUUUCUCAUUUAGCCAGGUAACCUAUUUCCAAAUAAGAGAACUGUACCUCAGCUCUUACCCUAGUGGACAGGCAGAGUCCGGGCCUAAAUUGUCUGGCUAAAACGAGCCCUGGAGGACUACUGACCUGAAUAUUGUUGUAUUUUCCCAGUUGGAGUUUGACUUUGAGAAUAAGUGAGAAACAAACUCUGUGUUACAGUUUAACUGUUUCUUUACUGCAAAUGCUUUCUCUGAUUCUUUCAAAAGUGGACUCUGGUUUUAUGGUUGUCUAAUAAAUGUGUGAUUUAUUUAUUUACAUGCAUUAAAAUCUUUGUAUUAUUUAUUGUGUUUUAUUGU